AUGAGAGUUCUGGUUUUGCCCUUGUUCGCCCUUUUUUACUCAUUCGUUGAUGCUGUUGAGUUACCAUUAACUCCGAAAACUUGUCAAGAAGUUUGCGUCACCAAAUUUGAUGGGGCUGAAGAAGAUGCGUGUUCCAGAGGUUGUGUCCUGUCAAACUUGAAUUCAUUGUUGGCAACAUUUACUUGUGAAGAAUCUUGUGAUGAUGUAUACAAGUCGGAUACAAAGUUGGUUGCUGCUUGCAAAGUAGGUUGUUGUGCAACUCCAAGUCACACAUCUGUUGGGUUCCUGCCAGUUCAAAACUUCUUUAGCACAUUCUUCGACAGGGUCCGUAAUUUAUUCGGUGUGAAUAACGGUUCGGGAGCCAGUGUGGAUACCAAAGCUAAUAAGGUAGAGAGCGACACUGAUUCAGAUUCCGGUAAUCAUGUGAUCAUAUCACGCGUUCGCAUUUUCCAUAACUUCGCUCCAUAUGACGCACAUGAAAAUCCACUGGAUUCACCAUUCAAUAUAAAACCACUCCUUAGUUUGCGUGAAAUUAUUCCACAAGAUGAUGAUGCUUAUUUCAAAGCUGUAAAAAAUAAUGAUAAGAAUGUUAUUCGUAUACAUACUGUCGGCGAUGAUGGUGAAUCAACCUUUUAUGAACACCAACCUACAUUUGUUAGAAAAGCUACUUACUUCUUCCGUCAUAUUAUGUUUCGACCACUUUUAUUACCAUUGCUUAUCGCAUUGUUGAUUGUGAUAUUGUUAUUAAUGGUGAAGUUAACUAUUCAAGCUUGUCGUGUUCGUGAACAUCGGCACAUAGAGUAUACUCGUUUACCAACGUAUGUUGAAGCAAUGAAUGUGAAGGUCCCAUUGUACGAAGAUGUGAUAAAAUUAAUGGCCAAAAGUAUUUACGAAUAUGUUCGAAAUUUCGAAAUUAUGGAUCCCUGUCUUCCUUCCACAUGGAUUGUUGUUCGUUUAGAUGGACAAGGUUUUCAUAAAUUUACAGCAAAGCAUAAUUUUAUCAAACCAAAUGAUACACGUGGUUUAUCGUUGUCAGUACGUGCAGCAGAACGUGUUAUGCAACGACAGAAAGAAAUUGUUCUAGCUUAUGGUCAAUCAGAUGAGUUUAGUUUCGUAUUUAAAAAAUGUACUGAAGUGUUUAAUCGACGAGCAAGCAAAAUAUCCAGUACAGUUGUUUCGUUGUUCACAUCUUCAUAUGUUUUUGAAUGGCCAAAGUAUUUUCCUGAUACUCCAUUACUGUAUCCGCCAGCGUUUGAUUCCCGAGUAAUACUUUAUCCAACGAAUAAAACUCUCAGGGAUUAUUUAAGUUGGCGUCAGGUUGAUUGUCAUAUCAACAAUCUAUAUAAUACUUGUUUUUGGAAACUUGUUCAAAAUGCUGGCCUAAGUGGAACAGAGGCUGAAGAACGCUUAAGAGGAACGUUAUCAAGUGACAAAAAUGAGUUAUUGUUUUCACAAUUCAACUGUAAUUAUAACAAUGAACCAGAACUAUUUCGCAAAGGCACUGUAUUAUUUAGAAAUAAUUCUGCCAUUGAACAAGCCAAUAUCGAUAUCAUCAAAGAUCAGUUUUGGGAUGAACAUCCUUACAUAUUAUUGGAGCCUGAAUAA